GUAAUUAAUUUCUGCCAUGUCGACCCUGAACUUCCCCACUCUUCACUCUUCAGCACUUUGAACGAAAUUGGUACGCCAUCGUCAGCCCUCUAUAUUUCUUGUCGCGGAGACCAUUGACAGGAACGACUGAGACAGACGGUGCUUUCUUCGAUUGCUUUUCGGGCAAAAAGAGACAAAAUUUCGAGAGAGAGUUAAAGGCGCAACUUUGUCCUGAUUCUUCAAUGGACAUUCGGGAAAGUCGAGGUCUGUUUUGUUGUUAAAUGAAUUAGAGAGAAGCAAAGAUGCGCCGAGAGAUCUCGGUUUUGUUCCAACCCCGAUAUCUUUUUCUCUUGGUUUCCCUCUUAAUUUUCCUUUUUCUCGCGAUCUCCGGCUCCAAAAAGGCUGAAGACAAGAAUGUUGAGGAGACAUAUGAAAUUACUCACAGGGUGUACCUGGAUGUGGAUAUUGAGGAUCAACGGCAAGGCAGAAUUGUAAUUGGAUUAUAUGGUGAAGUUGUACCAAAGACUGUUGAAAAUUUCAGGGCUUUAUGCACAGGGGAAAAAAGCAAGGGUUCUAGUGGAAAGCCUCUCCAUUAUAAGGGGACACCAUUCCAUCGCAUAGUACCCGGAUUCAUGAUUCAAGGUGGAGAUAUAGUUUCUAGUGAUGGGAAGGGAUAUGACUCAAUAUAUGGUGGCACCUUUCCUGAUGAGAACUUUAAGAUAAAACAUUCGCAUGCAGGUGUUAUUUCCAUGGUUAAUUCAGGGCCAGAUUCCAAUGGCUCUCAGUUUUUUAUUACUACUGUCAAGGCCAGCUGGUUGGAUGGAGAGCAUGUGGUUUUUGGCAAGGUAAUUCAAGGCAUGGAUACCGUGUUUGCCAUUGAAGGAGGAGCUGGAACCUACAGUGGGAAACCCAGGAAGAAAGUUGUAAUAGCUGAUUCUGGAGAGAUACCAAAGAGCAAGUGGGAUGAGGAAGUCUUGAGCUCUUCUGCUGGUUUAUCUCCUGCAAAUCCACUGUCAACCCAUGCAGAGUAACCUCCUCCCAUGUUACUCACAUGCUCAUAGCCCUGCCUCCAA